CCGCCGUGAAGGCUGAGGAGCCUCGAAUGAGUUUAAUGCGUUUACGUGGGCGUGACGCCGCUACGGACCGUAAUGUUCGUUGCUGGUCUCCACGAAAGAGCUUCCCUAUUGAUAGCCGGUUGAAGUGCGAGGAGAAAUAUCCCGCGUUUUACGUCACCGACGCAAGCGAAACAGAAAGUGGCUGAGCGCGGCGUGGUGAGUUGUCGAGCGGAGUGCCCUGCAGCUGUGCGGUGCUCGCGCGAUUCCCCGGCAAGUUUAGCUCCCGACGGAACUCGUCUUUCGGAAAAUACGCUGACCAGACUCGGAGAAGAGAAACUAUGCGACUCCGUUUACGCAUCUCUAAAAGUCCCGUCACACGAGACCGUUUUUGCUUCGGUUGAUCGAGUUUACUAGCGCGUGGGUGCUCUCCGACCGUUGUUUUGUGAGCGCGUACGCAAAACGUGCGAUAUGUCAGUGUCACAUUUUUGCAUCACCUUGGAAGACACCGUUGACAGGGAGUGCAUCGCCAACCUGGGAACUUGCAUCCUUAACGCCGCGCUAGCGUUGACGGUAUGUGUGGCUACGAUUCUUCUCUGUUCGGAUCAACCUCGCCGUGUGCGCGAUGCGCUCUUCGAUGAGCACAAUUCGCGAUGGAUCCUCACGUUCGCUAUGAUCGCCGUCCACCUGUUCGAACUGGCCGAUGGUGCUCUGAUCCUGCUAAGGCGCGAGCAGCCUAAGCAAAACUUCCACCCCAUGCUGGGCGCUGGGACGUCCAUCGUGGCCGUCGUUUUAGGAAUUUAUUACUACCAUAAAGUCGAAAAGUACGGAAGGCCGAAGAGGCUCUCUGUUCUGCUGUUUUUCUGGCCGUGCGUCGUCGCGCUGAAGAUGUCCAAGCUCGUGAUUCUCUACGGAAAGGGCCUUGGCAUCGAGCACGCAACUCUGGAAGCCACUUGGUUUGGGUUGGUCUGCUACCUUGCAAUGUUCCUUGUCGAACUUUCGACUUUCAUGCAAAAGUUCUGCUCAUCGCAGGCGUACCAGUGCAAGUCGGAGCUCCGAGAGGAAGCCAAUGGAGAGGGCCAAGUCACUUACCGAUACAGUUGUGCAUCGCUGCUCUCCAAGUGCACAUUCUUCUGGCUGGUGCCUCUGCUACGACAAGGAUACCGCCGUCCAUUAGAGCUGGCCGACCUUGGCUUCCUGCCAGAAAAACACACAAAUGAAAACCAGUACCAGCGAUUUAAUGAGGUUUAUUCAAAGGAGAAGGUCAAGGCAGAGACGAAAGGCACCAACGUAUCGCUGUGGUGUUGCUUCUUGAAGACGUACUGGCAGACUGCAUUAGCAGGUGGUCUCAUCAAAGUUAUAGGGGAUGUCAUUGGCUUAGUAGGUCCCCUGUCCAUCAGUCUGAUACUGGAGUACGUGGACGACGUUACUACAAACAAAAGCUCUAAUUUGAGUGCAGACUCUUAUCCAACAGCAGGCGAAGUCCUGAGCAAUGGCUACAUCUUAUCUUUCAUUAUCCUGAUAGCUACCUUCAUGCAGAGCACAUUUUCAAACAACUUCAACCACAUGGCUAUCAUGGAAAGUGUCCAUGUGCGGUCUGCUCUCCAGAGUCUGGUGUACCUUAAGUCUUUGUCGAUUGCCAGUGACAUCGAUGUGGGCAUGGCUGUGAAUCACAUGUCAGUGGACUCCUUCAAUGUGAUGCUGCUUUUCUCCAUGGGCCACUACAUCUGGGCCGUGCCUGUCAAGCUCAUCAUCCUUCUGGUGCUUUUGUACAAGCAGUUGGGAUACAGCGCCCUCGUGGGUGCAGCCACCAUCUAUGUACUUGCACCACUGCAGUAUUGGAUCUGCACCAAGUUGUCAGAGCUGCAGAAGGAGUCUCUGUCAAUAUCUGACAAGCGAAUAAAACACACAAGUGAAUUACUUCAAGGAAUCAAGCUACUGAAGCUCCAUGGCUGGGAGAGAGUGUACGCCGACAUGGUCAAGCAGAUACGAAAAGAGGAACUCGAAGUUCUGAGGAAGGACGCCAUAUUCGUUGCCCUUAAUACUUUUAUCACACAGGGGUCCGCCAUCUUGCUCACCCUUGUGACAUUCUCUCUCUACUCUGUUAUCGAAGGCAGGCCACUCACGCCCUCGCAAGUAUUCUCUGGGCUCGCCCUGUUCAAUCAGCUCACCGUUCCACUGUACAUCAUUCCUGUUGUCAUCCCUAUUGUCAUCAACGCUAUUGUGAGCACAAAGAGAUUAUCGGAAUUCCUUAGCCAGCCUGAAGUUGGCACAGAGGCCCCAUGGAGGAAGAAAGAUGACACACCAAAGGCUGUUGUUGAGUUCCACCCUGAGAGCGGUAGUGUCCUGCUCAACAUCAGAGACAGUGAAUUGUUAGACAAGUUCCUAGCAUCUGCGGGUGACGACUCUGACGUGUUCUUGUCGGACGUCUACUCUCCCAUUGACAGCCCUGCUGUGAUUAACAUGAACCACGCUUAUUUCACCUAUGACACCAACACCAAAAUUCCACUUCUUCAGGAUAUGAAUAUCACGGUGCCCAUCGGAAAGCUCACCAUAAUAGUAGGACCAGUGGGAAGUGGGAAGACAACCCUUCUGGCUGGCAUGCUGGGUGAACUGACGCCUUACAAGGGUACUGUGCACUGGGCAAACACCACUUGCAUCGCCUAUGUGCCACAAAAACCAUGGCUGUUGAAUGCUACUCUCAAGGAGAACAUCCUUUUCGGACAGCAGUAUGAUGGCCGAAGAUAUCACCAGGUGAUUCAGGCAUGCGCACUGCAGCCAGAUAUUGAUCUGUUACCAGCACGUGACAUGACGGAGAUUGGCGAGCGUGGCUUCAACCUGAGUGGCGGGCAGCGUCAGAGGAUCGCCCUAGCUCGGGCAUUCUACUCACCAGCCAAAGCAGUUAUAUUGGAUGACCCACUCUCAGCACUCGAUACUCAUGUUGGCAUGCAUGUGUUUGAACAAGGCAUCAGGAGUCUCCUGCUAAGGAGACACCGGACUGUCGUCCUUGUGACUCACAAGCAGGACCUGUUAAUUCAUGCAUCCAAGGUGAUCAUCUUGGAAGGAGGCAAGAUCAGAUGCCAAGGCAACCUGGCUGAGAUUGAGAAGCUAGAACCAGACCUGGCAACAGUUCUAAGCCGUUCCACCAAACGAGAGGUCCCGCCUAGCCGAGACAACACAACCAAAGAGCGCCACAAGCUGAUGCGCAUGAUCACUAAACAGUCCCUGUAUCUGGCCAACUCUGGUUCUACACAGGACCUGAGACAACAGCCACGCCCUGUGACACUGAGCCGUCAGCUGUCGCACGACCCGUCAAGCCCGCUUCCCCUCCACGACUUGAGCAACGAUGACACCAGCGCAGCACUGCGUAGCAGCUGCGCUCCGAGGCCCACCUCGGUCGGCUUCCGGUUCAAGGCCAGCGUCUCAACGGACAGCAUGCACUCGGGCUCCACCGCAGCCUCGAACACUUCGUCGCUCAUCCGUAAUCCGUGGAUGCGUAGCCCUCCGUCUCGCCUGAGCUCGCGGGUCUCAAACACGGCAGAAAAUUUCAUCGAGGAAGAGGAGGAGUAUGAGGAGAGUGAAGGAAAGAAGAAAGACGAGUUACUCGCCAAUGGCACAGACCAGUUAGGGGACGACGGGUUAACGGGUCCUCUUCUCGGUGGUCCCGACUCGCUCGCUCUCGUGGAAGAGGCCCAAUGGAAGGUGAUCGAGGAGGAAGACAGGGAACAGGGCAAGAUACCAUGCUCGGUGUACCUUGACUACAUGCGGUCGUGCCGGCUUCUGCUGGUGGCGUUGGUGUGCGUUCUGUUUGCGGCAAACCAAGGGGCCAGGCUGGGAUCAGACUUCUGGCUCACUGGCUGGUCGGAAGCGUCCAGAGACAUCAACGUCACUGUCCCAGCAAACCAGGAUGAGCUGGCGUGGAGCUACCUGAUGGGAUACCUGGGCCUCUCCAUGUUCUGCAUCGUUCUUUCUCUUGUGACAAACAUGUCGGCCCAGCUUGUCUCCUUGCGGUCGGUCAAGGUGUUCCACAACAACAUGAUCGACAACAUUGUCCAGUGUCCCAUGAGAUUUUUCGAUUCCAAUCCAAUUGGAAGAAUCAUAAACAGAUUCUCGAGCGAUAUGGGUGUCAUUGACAAGAAACUGCCCGUGACGUUACCCGUCCUGUUGAGGUUCUUGAUGCUGUGCCUCUCAGCCAUACUAGUUGAUGUCUGCGUGACCCCGUACUUCUUGAUAGUGGUGGUGUUUGUCAUGGCAGUCUACUACUGCAUCCAAUCCUUCUUCCGGCAGUCUUCAAGAGAGCUACAGCGCCUUGACAGUAUCACAAAGAGCCCUGUUUUCUCGCAUUUCUCCGAAACGCUGUCCGGACUGAGCACAAUUAGAGCCUACAGGGAAGAGGGUAGGUUUGUAGAGAGGAUGAAUGAACACAUCAAUGACAACAACUUGGCCUUCAUCAUGGUCAACUGUGCCAAUUGCUGGCUUGGAGUCUCACUGGACUAUCUAGGAGGCGUAAUCCUCUUUUUGGCAACUGUGUCAUCUCUCACUGCGGCCAUUAUGGGAACGACCAGCACAUCCUUCGUGGGCAUUGCCAUGACAUACACAUUGCUUGUGCCAAUCUAUUUAAAUUGGCUUGUGAGGCAAGUCUCAAAUGUGGAGAUGUACAUGAGCUCUGUUGAGCGUGUUAACAAAUACUGUCAUCUGCCCAUUGAGCGUGUGCCUACACCCGUUGACGUGCCCGUCGACUGGCCUAGCAAAGGAGAGGUGCGAUUCGAAAAAGUCACAAUGACUUAUGAGGCAGGCCUUGAUCCCAUACUGCGUAACGUCUCGGUGACCUUUGCACCAGGCGAAAAAGUUGGAAUCUGCGGACGCACAGGCAGUGGCAAGUCAUCACUAGUUAUGGGCCUCUUCAAGAUGGUCCCCGUCUGUGAAGGGAAAAUUUUCGUGGAUGACAUCGACAUCUCUAUGGUACCUUGCGAUGUGCUGCGUUCCCGCCUUGCCAUCAUACCUCAGGAGCCAAUUCUUUUUUCUGGAACAAUAAGGCAAAACUUGGACCCCAAGAGGGUUCACACAGAUGAAGAGCUUUGGAAUGUACUGGAAAAAGCCCAUCUGAAGGAGAUUGUUGUUCUAUACGGUGGGCUGGAUGGCGAGGUGUCUGAAGAAGGAUCGAACUUCAGCAUUGGCCAGAAACAGCUGUUUUGCUUUGCCAGAGCUCUGCUGCAACCCUCGAAGGUUCUCAUUCUGGAUGAAGCAACCUCGUCUUUAGAUGCCAAGUUGGACAACCUCAUACAGGAGACUGUCCUCAAUGAGUGGGCCAACUCAACUGUCCUGGCCAUAGCUCAUCGUGUGACCGGUUUGCUGAACUUCGACAAGAUCAUUGUUCUCGAAGCUGGCCACAUCGUCGAGACCGGCUCUCCUGCGGAGUUAAAACAGAAGAGAGGAAGCAUAUUUAUGUCUCUUCUGAAGGAAGCCGAGCAGUAGCAACAUUUUUAUACAGAAGCGGUGUGCUGUCUCCGAGCUCGGGUGGGGUCAUCGUUGAACAAGGCCACACAUGCACUACGGUCUUAUCUGAACCGGCAUUCAGGACGCUGAAACUGUGCCAUCUACGACAUCUUCAGAAUGAACCCUCAUUGUUUUAGGAAAAUAUAGUAGAGCUAUUUCCGAAAGCACGUGACCAAAUACAGUAGACUUUUGUUAAACGUAACCUGAAGGGACCAGGAAAAUGUUCCAUUUCACAGGAGCGCAGAAUUCAAGUACGAAACCAAUUGUGUGAGAGGCAGUUGUUCCAUUUAAACAGCAGUUCUGUUGAACAUAUUUCCGUUUACUGAGAGUCUACUGUAGUAUACUGCGCCUAGUAUAUUCAAGCACUGUACCUGUGACGUAACAUAUUAAGGUGCUAAGGAAAGUAUAGGAGAUGUUAUUUGUAAUAAUUAGGAUACAAAUGUGAAGAAAGUAAAGUGGACGAAAAGAUAACCUGCCACCAGCAGGGACUGAACCUGCGACCUUCGAAUAACGCGUCCGAUGCUCUACCACUGAGCUACGGCGGCGGUCAUCCGCCCAUCCACUUUAUAGGGUAUAUGUGUGCAUUUAAACCUAGGAGUGUUAGUCAGCACCGUUCGCAGCCAUGGAGGCGAGUGUGGAACACUCUUUUUUCUGCCUUUUGGCGUCACGUAGCACGUGAUAUUUUUACGAGCUGGCAGCUGACCACUAAUCCCUCGCAUACUACCUGAAGGCAUCAAGUCUGCCAGAACGAGACCCUUGCUAUGAAUGAAAGAAAGAAGAUGGCUUUUACGGGCUCAUUUUUCUUUGUUAGACACAAUGUUAAUGAGAACUAGUUAUUAACGAGAAUAUUAAUGAGAAUAGUUCUCAUUAAUAUUGUGUCUAACAAAGAAAAACGAGCCCUUAAAAGCCAUCUUCUUUCCUUCAUAUUAAGGUGCUACCGCACGUAAAAUAUGUCCAACAUGUUUUCAGCAUUCUGUCAGCGUGUCUGUUUAGCUGUGCAAAUAACACCACCACAGCGUCCAGCAAAAAUGUAUUUGGUAGUAAUUAAUGGUGAAAGAUGAUGCCUUGUUGUCAACGUUUCAGCCAUAAUAGCAGCAGGGUUAUAAUGCUUGCUGAAAUUUGUUCGGUAGAGUCGUCGAUUAGAGCAGACGCUUCGUGUUGUGCAUUUCUACCAUAAUGUUAACUGCGUGGUUAUAACCUUGACCGAAGUGUGUUCAGUGUUGUUAAAUAUAUAUUUGGUUAAGCCUUAUGGCCAGUUAUAAACAUUUCAGCCAUGUGAACACUAUGGCUAUUGCACAGUCUUUCAUGGCGACACUGGGAGCUUUCGUGCAAAACCUAUGUCUGAUGUAGUUUCAGUCUUCAAGCACUGAAUUCUAUGUGCCAAGCACGCUGUGUAACAGCCUCAUUCCAUACCGGUGCGGGUUAUUCUUCUAACAAGUGUUUAUAAAGCAAAUUUGGUGCCGACUGCCUAUGCACCAUUUGCUUAUGUAAAUAUGUAAUGUGCUGCUAACUCACAUUUUCACACUUGUUACAUGCUCCUCUUGUAUCGCCAGAGGGUCCACCGUUUCUUUCUGUCAUUGUCCCUUGCCAUUAUAGCUUUCACUGAGCAGCUUUUAUGAUUAUUUAUUGUUUUUAUAUUACCCUUUUAUUUUCUACUGUUUUAUGCUGAAUUUCAAGAAAAUGGUUGUUGCAUGGAAGGAGAUAUUUAUUUUACAGACGGAAUACUCUGUUUUCGCCAAUGCCACUUGAACACAUGUUCUUGAAGAAGUUAUUUAAUAAAGAUAUUUAUC